AGUUGAAACAAUGGCUGGUGGACAUCACGAACUUCUCUCCGGCCCUCUCUACGAUCUAACAAUUUUGGGCGCCACUGGUUUCACAGGCAAAUACGUUCUCAGAGAAGCUCUCAAAUUCGUCAAUCCUUCGCCUUCUUCUCCUCUCAAAUCCCUCGCUCUCGCUGCCCGAGACCACGAAAAGUUGACCCAAACCCUGAAAUGGGCAGCCCAUCCCCACCCACCUCCGCCGAUUCCGCUCCUCACCGCCGACAUCACCGCCCCGGAAUCCAUCCGCCGCCUCUGCUCCCAGACCAAGCUGAUGCUCAACUGCGUCGGGCCCUUCCGCCGCUACGGCGAGCCCGUAGUCGCGGCCUGCGUCGAGGCCGGGUGCGAUUACUUGGACAUCUGCGGGGAGCCGGAGUUCAUGGAGAGAAUGGAGGCGGAGUAUCAUGAGCGGGCGGUGGAGAGUGGUUCUCUGGUGGUUUCGGGUUGUGGGUUCGAUUCGGUUCCGGCGGAGUUGGGUGUGAUGUUCAAUUCGAGGCAGUGGGUGGGGAAAUCGGCGCCGAGUUUCGUGGAGGCGUAUGUGAGCUUGGAAUCGAGGAGAAGAAUGGCUGUGAACUUUGGGACUUUUGAAUCGGCUGUGUUGGGGGUCGCUAAUGCCACCAAGUUGCAGAAAUUGAGGCGUUCAAGCCCCAGCAGACCUCUCCCAGCGAUUCCUGGUUCUUCUCCUCCAAAAGGACCUAUUGUGGAGCACAAAAAGGAGUUAGGCCUUUCGGCUGUAAGAUUACCUUCAGCUGAUUCCUCCGUAGUUCGAAGAACACUCUCGACUCUAGCCGAAAACCCCCAAGGUCUUCGAGGCAUUAAUGAGAGCACCGAAGAGAUCGAACAAAGGAAGUCCUUUUGGUCGUCAGUGAAGCCAGCUCGUUUUGGAGUAAAAAUUGGCUCUAAAUCCUUGGUUGGCAUUCUGCGAAUCAUCACAGUUGGGAUUUUCAUAGGCUUACUUAGUCAAACAUCAUUUGGAAGGAGGCUUCUCUUAACGUUCCCUUCGGUUUUCAGCCUCGGAUGCUUCAAGAAGAAGGGUCCUUCAGAAGAACAGAUCAAUAGUGCCUCAUUCAAGAUGUGGUUCGUUGGCCGUGGUUUCAAAGACAGCAGCGGUGACCGGAAUGGAGAACCAGACAUGGAGAUCGUAACGAGAGUGAUGGGGCCCGAGAUCGGGUACCUAACGACUUCAACAAUUCUUCUUCAAUGUGCAUUGGUUGUUCUGAGCAAACGCGAGGCUAUGCCGAAAGGAGGAACUUUCACUCCAGGUAUUGUGUUUGGACCAACUGAUCUCCAACAAAGACUCCAAGAGAAUGGGAUAUACUUUGAUGUCAUUUCAAAGAGUGCUUAGUUGGAGCAGUUGCAGUUAUGUUAAUUCAUAUCUGUUGUUGCAUUUCUAGUUUCUUUUUCCAUCUAUGGCAAAGAUUAUUUCACUCUGAAUCUUCCCUCCUUAUGUUACUUUAAUAAAGAAAUGAUAGUAAAUGGAGUCAAGUUUUAAUA